ACUCGUGCCCUCCAGAUAGCGAUGUGUGCCCCUGUGAUGGUGGAGUUGGAAGGAGAGACAGACCCCUUGCUGAUUGCCAUGAAAGAACUCAAAGCACGCAAGAUCCCCAUAAUCAUCCGUCGUUACCUACCAGAUGGGAGCUAUGAAGACUGGGGCGUGGAUGAGUUAAUUAUCACAGACUGAUGAGCCUCCAGCCACUGUUUUGGUUCUUUCCUUCUCCAGAGAUGUUUCUAUUUUUGUUUAUAUUUGUGUAAAUAAAUUAUAAA